AAUGGAUCGGAGAAAAAUUUAUUAGAGCUAGCUAGAAACGUUCGUAAGUACGUAAACAUCAUAUGCAGGUCGAUCGAUCAAAUAGUAAAGGUAUAGGUAGCUAGCUAGCUAAGCUAGGUAAUUUCAUCUAUCUAUCAAAACAUUUAUUUAUAUAUAUAUACAAUACGUACGUAGUUAAUUAAGAUGGUGAUGAUGAUGGGCGGGGGCGCUAGCAGAGUGACCGUUGUUGUGGUACUGCUAUUUGUUGAGGUUAUGUCAGCGGCGGCGGCGAAGGCAUCAGCGGCGGCGGGGGCAGCAGCACCAGCAGCAGUAGGGGGAGGAGGAAAAUUAGUUGAUUCCCCACCCAUCCCUUCCACGAAGGUGGACGUCGAGAGCUGGUUCUCCUCCAACGUGAAACCGCUGGAGAGUCGAAAGGACAGCCUGGACCCGGCGUUGGUGGCGGCGGAGGGGGGCGUGCAGCGCAUAAAGGUGAGCAAGGACGGAAAGGGAGACUUCAAGACCAUAUCGGACGCCAUUAAGAGCAUUCCGGCGAAGAACACCAAGCGUUACAUCAUCUCCAUAGCGGGCGGGAAUUACUCGGAGAAGGUGAAGGUUGAUUGGAACCAACCUUUCGUCACCUUGUACGGUGACCCCAAGGAUAGGCCCACCAUCAUUGCUGGAGAAACUGCUGCUAAAGUCGGCACAAUCUACAGCGCCACUCUCUAUGUCUUGUCUGAUUACUUCACAGCCAUUAACAUCAACAUUGUGAAUUCAGCUCCACGACCGGAUGGGUUGAAAACGGGACAACAAGCUGUGGCUCUAACCAUAACCGGCGAUAAGGCCGCAUUCUACAACUGUAAACUGUAUGGAUUUCAGGACACCCUCUGCGAUCACCAUAACAAGCACUUCUACAAAGACUGUUACAUUGAAGGAACCGUUGAUUUCAUAUUCGGGGAUGCCAAGUCUAUCUUCUUGAACUCGGAAAUACAUGUGAUCGAAGGGAACCGGAUGGCCAUGAUCACGGCCCACGGUAGGAAAAGUGAGAGUGAGGACACUGGAUUCUCCUUUGUGCAUUGCACAGUCACCGGAACCGGGAACACGGCUGUGCUUGGAAGAGGAUGGUUUGACUAUUCCAAGGUCGUCUUUACCUAUACUCAAGUUAGCGACGCCGUUAAACCUGAGGGCUGGUUGGGAUUGCGCAGCGAUACAACCAAGGGAGGGACAAUCUUCUUCGGAGAACACCAGAAUACGGGGGCAGGCGCAAGUAAUACAGCUCGUCCUUCCUAUGUUAAGAUGCUCACUGAGACAGAAGUGAAGCCUUUCUUGAGCCUUACCUACAUUGAAGCUUCCAAGUGGUUGCUUCCCCCCAUCAAACUUUAAAGCCGGCCAAUUCAAGCGCUGCGCUUCAUCAUUAAUUAAUAAAAACUUUAUUACCCGCUUGUAUUAUAUUAGUGAUUUGCCAAACAACUACGUACCUACUAGAGUUACUACUAGUGUUAGUUGUUUUGAUUGGCUGAGAUCACGGAUAUAUACAUACAUACAUAGGAAAAUAAUAUAUACUAGCUAGCUAGCUACGUAGUACAUAGGAAGUAUAUAGUUUGUUGUUUUAUUUUUUACUACAUUUUCAACUCUCGAAUUGCAGCUAGCUAGCUAGCUAGAGGUCGGGUCCACUUAGUAAAUAUCAAAGUAUGGUAUUAGCAAGCCAGUUUGAAUUAUUUUAAGUUCAGGGAUUUUGUUUGUCAUUAACCUAAAUAUGUUGU